AUGAUAUAGGAAUUUAUUGAAAAAUCAUUAAAAUCAGAGAGUCUGAUAAGAUAUUUAGAAAGAAAAGUAAUGGAAACUCUUAUGUUAAAGUUAAAAUUAUAUCAUAAUUUAAAGAACACAUGUGCACAAUCUUAAGAUGAAAUUAAUUUUAAUAAAUAACUCUAUUAAUUAUGUGAAUAAGUGUAUGAAGUUAAUAAACUUUUAAAAUUUCAAUUUAAAAACACACCUAAUUAAAAAAUUCAUGGUUUAUAUACAUUUUUUUAAGGAGAGAUAUUAUCUAAUUAUUAUAAAUCAAUAUUAUUUUAUAAAAAUUCAAAAAGUUUAGAAGUAGAAUUAAAUAAAUUUUAAUAAAUAAUAAAUUUUAAUAUAAAUCAAAAAAAUGUACAUUUUGCAAUAUUGGAAUUAUGUGAUGAUAUGUAAAAUUUAACUUUAAUAGGAUAAUCUCAAAACUUUUAUGAUAAUUAUGGAUCAAUUAAUGAAAAGUAAAGAUCUUUUGAAUAUUUAUUACCAGAUUUUUUGAUUCCAUAUCAUAAUUUAUAUGUUAAACAAUUUUUUGAAAAUGGAACUAGUAAAUAUUAUAAUGCUUUCCAGAUUAAUUUUAUAAUGAAUAAUUAAAAUAUAUUAACAACUGUAAAUAUGUGUCAUUCUAUGACUAAUCUAUUCAAAAGUAAGAAUAUCACAUUUGCAGUAUUUUUAUAAGAAGCAACUCAAGAUAAAGCAUUUUUAGUUAUUGAUGGAUCAAAUAUGAAAUGCAUAUUUACAAAAAAUUUACUUAUAUUAAUAGGAUGGUCAGAGUCUGAAAUAAAAUAUUUAAGUGCUUUAAAAGAAUUUAAUUAAGUUGAAAUAUCAUCAAUAUAUCCAAAUUUUACAACAAUAAUAAUGGAACAUUAAGAAAAUGAGAUUAAAUUAAGUUCAGUAAAUAUGUAUUUUCCUUCACCUUAAAGUAGUUUUGAAUCAAUUUAAUGUGAAAUUAAAAUAUCUCCUGAUAAAGCUAGAUAAAAUUUAAGAUUAUAUAGUAUAGAAUGUGAUAUAAUAAUAUAAAGAAAGUAAAUUGGUAAUUAUUGUUAUUUUAUAUUGGAUAUAAUAAAAAUGGCUGAAUUCAAUAGAGGUAGAGAAUUAUCAUAAAUUCAUUAAAGAUUAUCCUUAAAUUCUAUUAAAUAAAAUGAAUCUUUAAAUUAACCACUUUUUUUAGAUUGUAUUGUAGAUUAAUAAGAUGAUUCACCUCAUAUUGGAAAUUUAAAUAGUGUAAAUUUUAUAAAUUAAUAAUAAAUUGGAUCUAUUUAAAAUAUAUCUAAACCCUUACUUUUUUAAGUAAAUCCUAUAAUAUUUGUUAACAAUUCUCCAGUUCUUAAUUCAAGAAGAGAGGAAACUAUAAAUUAAAGUGAAUAAUAAUUAAUAACUCAAAGAAAUAGUUUAAUUAAAUAGGAUAUCAAAUCUCCAAGUUUUAUCAAUCAAUAAAGUAUCUAAAGCAUUGAUGAUAAAGAAAACUCUUAAUUCAAAUCACCUAUUUUAAGAUUAAAAGAAAGUUCUGAUGAAUAAGAUAAAAUUCAUUAGAAUUAUGAAUUACUUCAAUAAAUUCUAUCUAUUAGUCCAUCUAGAUACUAAAAGAAAUUUAUGGUUCUAUUUAGUAUUUGGUUUUUAUUAUUUAUUAUUUUUAUAAUAGUAUAAUAUAUAGAACUUAAAAAUGAUUUAGAUGACCUUUUAUCUUUUGGAUUUAUGACUUCUUUUUAUGCUUCCAUAAUGGGACCUCAUGAUUUAUUUUUUUCAAUGAGAGUAACAAUAACUGGCUAUUAAUAAAUGAAUAGAGAAGGUUUUCUACCAAGUAAUUAAUUAUUUUAAUUAACUGAACCAUAUUAUGAGUCAAUUUAAUUAGGAUACACAGAAUUAAGAGAUAGUUUAUAUGAUUAACUAGAUAAUCAAUAUAUUAAAAGCUUUUUAGAUGAUGUGAAGGUUACGAUGAAUUUCAUGAAUAAGAAUGAAUAAGAAAUUUAUGCUGUUGAAAUUUCCUUUAGAGAUGCAUUAUUUAUUAUUUUAUAAUAUUAACAUGCUCAAAUGAUAACAUUUAAUCAUCGAGGUAGUACAUCUGGAUAACCAUAUUAAAUAUCAUUAUUUGCUAAUUAUUUUAUGCUUCAUAAGGAAUGUGAAAGUUUAAAAAUUUCAAUGUAUGAUUAUGCAAUUUAGAUGCAUAAGAAUAUGAAUUAUAAAUUGAUUAUUUUAUGGAUAGCUUUUGAUUUGGUGUUAAUAAUAUUUUAUAUAUAUUUGUAGUUUUUUUAGAUUGAAUUUUUUCAAUAAUUAGAUAAAUUUAUCUAAUUGAUAUUUUUAAUAGAUGAACCAAUAUUGAAUAAUGAAAUUUAAAGAUUUAAUGAUUUAAUAGAUUCAAUAAAACUUAAUUCUAAUAUAUUGUUCAUGUAUAAUCCUGAACAUCAAUUAUAAUAACAUUUAAAAAAACCUUUGCAUUCUCAAAAACAUUAAAAUCAGAAUCAGAAAUAUAAAUAAAACUUUUCAGCCAUAAAUAAAACUAGAAGCUUAAUUAAAAUUUUUAAUAUAGCAUUCCUUAUAUUUUUAUUAUCUAUUAUUCUUAUUUUUUCAUUAUUAAGCAUUACUUCUACAUCACUAUUUUUUAAUAAAUAUGAUGAUACUUUAUAAUUAUAUGAAAAAAUUUAAGAAAUGAAACUGAGAUCAGGUAAUUUAUUCUUAUACAGAGAAAUAUUUUUCAGAUGGGAGAAUUUUACUUUUCUUACAGAAAAUAAUAAAUUAGAACUUUAUUAUUUAAUUGAUAAAGCCUAAAAUGCUAUUUCAAAUUAUAUUUAAAUAUCAAACACUAUAAAUUUUGAUUAUUAUUUAAUUGAUUAAAAUUUCAUAGAUUUGUUUAACAAUAUUAAUAGGAAUACUCUUUGUGAACAAAUUGAUGAAGUAAUUAUUUUAUAUUAUUAUUAGAAAUUUAAAAAUUUAUCAUCUGUAUAUUGUGGAUUAUCUUUUGAUGGAUCAUUUGCUAAGGGAAUGAUUGUAACAUUGAAUUAUAUGUCCAAUUUAAUAAAAUCUUAAUAAGAAAUUAACAAUUUUACUCAUAGAGUUGAAAUGCAAUAUUAUGAAUAAGAAGGUUCACAAAUAGUUAGUAGAAUAUUUUUUGUUUUAGUUAAUCAAUUCAACAAAAGUCUAAAAGAAUAGUUUGAUGAUUUAAAAUUAUUUUUGACUGUAUUUUGUUAAUAUAUUAUUUUAGGUUUUAUCACUAUCAUUUGGCCUUCUAACAAUAAGUAUUUAAGGAUUAUUAUUUUAUUAUUAUUCACCUUAUUUAGGUAGGAUAAUGAAAAUAAUUAAAAGAGUAGUUCAUUUGAUACCUUUUGAAUCAUUAAUGAAUAAUGAAAUAUUAGAAAGAUAACUAAAGGAACUAAAAUUUAGAUUUUAAUGA